ACUCUGGCAAUAUCGAUUUUUCUGUUUGUUGAAUCACCACCAAAAGGGAGAUUUUCUGGCAGUUCCUCCUCUCAGUUCUUUGUGCAACUCUGCCUCUGUGCCAUCUCCCAAACAAUUUCUGUACCCAUUGACUGAAAAGUGUCCAUUUAGCCAUUAAUUGAUACCCCAAAAAGUAUUUCAGUGCUGAGAUAGAGAACCUCCUGGUCAAUUGAUUAGAAAUGUGGGGGCUUUAGUGAAACUUUUUUAUUGUGGCUUCACAGAAAGUACGUCUGUAGCUUCCCCCGGAGUGAAACGUACCACCCACACGGUGUGAAAAAUCGACUGAAACAAAAAAGGUGAAAAAGCAGGAAUCAUCCCAGGACAAUGGCUCUAGACUUUGCCACAACAUACAAAAUCCUCGUCUUGGGUGACUCCAAUGUCGGCAAAACUUGCAUCGUGCACAGAUACUGCGAUGAGAGAUACUACGACACAUAUAUCUCCACAAUUGGAAUUGACUUCAAACAGAAACUGAUAAAUCUGGACGGGGUUCCGGUGAAGCUGCAAAUCUGGGAUACUGCGGGUCAGGAGAGAUUUCGGACACUCACAACGGCCUACUAUCGAGGUGCCAUGGGGAUUCUGCUAAUGUACGAUGUAACUAACUUGGAGUCCUUCAACAAUCUAGCCUACUGGCUUAGAAAUAUCCAUGAGAACGCCUCACCAGAUGUGGUGACUGUCCUAGCGGGGAAUAAAUGUGAAUGUCCACCUACACAACGCAUGGUAGAGAAGGCGCGUGGGGAAAAGAUUGCUGAAAACUUCGACAUUCCCUUCUUCGAAGUUUCCUGCAAACAGGACGUCAAUAUUGAGGAGUCAUUUAUCACACUGGCCAGGAGAAUUCGUGAUCAGAGAGACCGCCGGGGUGAAAAUUUUGACCAGGAUGACAAGAGACAAGAUUCAGGAUCUGCCAAUGGAUUGAGCAAUUCGUUCGUUCUGGGUGGAAAAAAUUCAGAAAGUGGUCGCUGUGCAUGUUAAUUUUCAUCCUGGCCAAAGGAGGAGACAUUAGGUGGCCCAUGAUAUGGAAAUAGAAUAAUCAUUUGUAAUAUAGAGAUUUAAGACAGAUUUUUAGGAGAAAAGGAGGUCUUUUUCACAGACAUUGCAGCCAAGAUGAGAGAGUGUAGAGAAAAUAGGGGGCAAUUCAAAAGGCAUUUGGAGUACAAGUUUUUCCUCUGCAAAUUUUCUAUGAAACUUUUCUUAAGGUUGAUUUGAGAUUUUUUAAAGUGUUAAAAAAAGUGAAAAAAGUCUAGGUUAGAUUUCUGCAAUAUGGAAUCAGUAAUUUUAAACUUCAUCGUAAGGAACCCAAGAAAAUCUUUAAAAUUGAUUUCACUCCUUGUUGUAUUUAGUAUAAAGGUUAUAUCAAAUGCGAGGUUAUGUUGGCCUAACCUCUAAAGCAGCAUGGCGGAUGGCAUAAUAAAAGCACAUUUUUAUCCGCAAAUAUUAGGUUAGGUUCAACACUGGUAGCACAUUUUUUAUUAAUUCUGAGAAUGUGGUGAAGGAGUAUAGUGCGGCUGAUCAUAAUUGGCAAAUUGCUAAAGAUAUCGUUUCUAAGGACAGAAUUGCUUGGGCUUUCAAAAGUUUCAAGCCGUUUAAAUCAGCAGGAAUAGAUGGCAUCUUUCCUGCCUUAUUUCAAAGAAUCACGCACAGUAAAAAGCUUUUCCUGGAGCUGUUAAGGGAUAUUUAUACAGCUUGCCUUGCUUUAGGCUACAUCCCUGGUCUAUGGCAAGAGGCCAAAGUUGUGUUGAUUCCCAAGCCUGGCAAAGCUGAUUAUAGUGAAGUAACAUCAUAUAGACCUAUAAGUCUCACGUCCUUUCUGCUUAAAACCUUAGAAAGGAUCUGUGAGAGAUUUCUUAAGGAAAAUAUUUUAAAAACUAAUCCACUACAUCCUAGCCAAUACUCGUACAGAUCGGGCAGAUUCGUAGAAACCGCGUUACAUAGUGUAGUAGGUUGAAUUGAAAAGACCUUGUCCUAUGGUGAACUAUCAUUAGGAGCAUUCUUAUGCCCUAGACACACUUACGACUUAAGCCGAGAGACGACAUAUUGAAAAAUGAUGGAAAUGUAGUUUUACCAUUAUUUCUAAUAUAAUUACACUAAGUCGUCUCUCGGCUAAUCCUCAGGUCUGUCAAGGCCCUUAGAUAUUCGACAGAGUAGGCCAUGAUAUUAUAAACAAAGCAGCUGAAAGAAAGGGUAUACCCGAAACAGUUAGAAGAUGGUUAUAUGCCCUUCUAACUAACAGGAAAAUAAGCGUUACAGUUGGAGAUCAAACGGUUAAUGCCUCUAUUCAUAGAGGCUGUCCACAGGGAGGGGUAUUAUCUCCCAUUUAUGGAGUUUAGCCGUUGAAGAUCUCCUUGAAACGCAUAAUGAUAAUUAUUUUGCACAGGUUCAACAGUUGAACCUAACCUUCAUAGUAUAGAAAAUGAUGCAUUAUAAAACUUGGAAGGCGUUCGAAAUUACCAGGAUGACUUUAAUUGUCUCAUAAAAAGUAAAUUUUACUGAUAAAACUUGUUUUAAGAUAAAUAAAUUAAAAGAAUUUCACAACUAAAACGAACCGAAUAUUUUUUGAAUUAGAACCAUUUUCUCCGGUGCUUCCUUAUUAUCACCGAAUUAUCUGAAUUUCCUCGACAAAUUCCAUUGAUUUAUCAACAAAUUAUAAUGAUAAAAUAAGUAAGUGCGUUUCGCAAGAAUUUUGUUACAUUUAUCAAAAUACUGUUCCAAUUUGAGGAGUGGGAAAUGUCAUCCAUACCCUCAAAAUAUUCAUAUUUGAGGAACUUUACUGAAAAACCUCUUUUUGGAAGUUUCUUCAUCCUUAAACUUUCUCACUGAAACGUUCUAUUAUUUUGAGGUUAUCUUCUAACCAAACUUUAUUUUGACUUCGCAACGUAACCUCUUUCUAUUCCAAGAAUUCCUUCUUGGGAUGACAAAUUAUCUUAAUCAACAGGGUAGAGAAAUUUUUGAUUGAAAAACAUGACUAAAAAUCGUAUCACAGUGGUCGUUUAAAUUUUAAUUGUAAUAAAUUCUAACCUCAGAAAUAUAUUAGACCUUGCCAUAUGAAACUUUAUUGAAGUGUUUCUUUAAAUUCGGAUAUAAAUACUUGUAGAUUUUAGAUUUAUUAGGAGAAAGUAGCAUUUUAUAUUGACCUUGGAAAAAUCCUGAUAAGAGACAACCUUCUUUUUGAGGUUAGAGCAUACAUAACCUCAAAUUCCAGAAUAACCUCUUGACUAAAUAGUUCGAUCAAACUUAGUAAAACAUAUAUACUGGCAUAACAAAUUCUUAAAUAAUUCAUAGGAUAUAAGUACAUCGCUUUGUCAAAUGAAUGACCUCUUCAAUAGAGCAACUCACCCAUCCUUAAUUAAUUUAUUUUUUUAAUUUAACAAUGAAUCAAGUUAAACGAUUGAUUAUUUUACUUCAUAUCAAAUAAAUUUUAAAUGAUGAUAUCAGAGAGAAGCAAACUUGUACUCCAAUCCAACUACUUUAGUGAGAUAAUAAAUAUGAUGAGCUGUUUACCUUUCAUAUCAUUUAUCAACAUGGGAAGAAAUAAAAUUUUCUAGCUAACAAAAUUAGCAAAGCUUAAAGGACACAUCGAAGAGAAUAAAAAGUGACAUGCUUCUAUCAAAUUGUUGAAAUUCUGGGCUAACAUUUUUGAUAUUCAAACCAUUUUCCCAAAAAACUAAACACAUCCAAAAAGUCAUUUAUAGAUGUUUACAAAAUAUAAGAUUUUUAGUUUUAGCGCACAAAUAUUAAAAAAAAAGUACUCGCAAGAAUUUUGAGAAGAUUGAAUGCCAUCAUUCUUAAAGGACAAACUAAUUUAAUUUAAUUUCUCUAUUCAGUUUUUCUUAUUUUCUUGUUCUCAUCAUCGAACCCACCGAAAAAUUUGCUCAAGUAAAUUCUUGAGUUGUCCUAAAAUUUAAAAAAAAAAAAAAACAUUUCAAUGCUAAUAAAGUUUGUCCUGCGCCUGAAAUUGUGCCUGCUAUUGGAAAAAUCACUCUCUUCUCUCUAUAUCACCAAUUUUACAUCAAUUUUUUCCAUCUUUAAAAUUCCCGCAACGAGUCUUCUUGCAGGAUUUCCAUUAAACUAAGCUUAAUCUUGAAAAGAAUACAUGUUUUUCUUUUAUUUUGGGACCAGAAACAUUAAGAAAAGGUCUCAUAAAAUCCAACCAAAAAAAAAUCAGCGAGAAAAUUUCCGAGACAGAAGAGAUUAUUCAAUACUCCAAUUUUAAGAUAAUCCCUAAUGAGACUUGAAUGAAAAACAAAAAAAAAACAUGUUAAAUACUGCAGUCUUUUGUAC